AUGAAGACAAUUAGACUAUUUUUGUCCAAUACAAACGAGAAGGCUGAUAAAAAUGCUGCAAAUGGAGAAAAGCUAACGAUCCUUCAUACAUUAGGCUCUAAGACGCUUGCAAGGAAGAGGGAUGAGUUGGAACUGAGAGAUGGUCGAAAAUACAGUAGGGGUGAAAUGUAUUCAAUUUGUCAUAAAAAGUCUGAUGGGUCAUUUGUCAACGACGAAGCCAAGGAAAAAUAUGAACAAUUGCAAGCUGAAAUUGGGAAGACUCCUUCUCCAAAUGAAGCAUUUGUUAAUGUGUUUGGAGAAGAACAUCCUGGAUAUGUUCGUUGUGUGGGACUUGGAAUAACACCGUCACAAAUUACUACAUCUGCUUCUCACUCUGUAAGAUCAAUGUCUUCCUCUGAAGCUAAUGAAAAGAUGGAGAAAAUGCAAGCUGAAAUUGAUAGGCUUAAGAAAAGGGAUUAUGAAGUUGAUAUGUUGAAGGAGCAAAUUGCUUUCUUGAUGCAAAUGCAAAAUUCUAGAGACAAACAGGCAAUGGACAUAGAAUCGCCAAUAGAUGGUAGACGUUCAUCUGAGUCCAACCACCAACCUGAUGAUCGUGGAACAACAUCAUUAGGGACUAAUUAGAUAUUUGGAUGAACUUCUAAGUUUGAUGGAGUUGUUUUGUAUUGUUAGCUACUCCACUAAUGUUUUGAAUAUUUAAACUACUUUA